GUAAGCGAAGGGAAGGUCAAGCAGCCAAAUGGUGCACCGCAGUAUGCAUACUUACUGCCAGAGUUGUGCUAUCCUACUGGUCUCACCGAUGCUAUGAGGAAAGACUUCAGACACAUGAGAGAGCUAUCAAGACACACUCGAUUAGAUCCGGAAAAAAGACGUCAAACGACCGAGAAGCUCUUGACAAUGAUACAUCAAAAUGAGAAAUGCUGUGCCUUACUAGAUCGAUGGGGUAUUAUUUUGGAUAGAAGACUAGUCUCAUUCCAAUCAAGGGAACUGGAUCCUGAAAAGCUCUUUGGACUGCAUCCGGAAGGUUAUGUUGGUCAGCGGGCUGAAUGGGCCAAAAAUGUUCGUUACAAUGGAAAUUUCCGUGGUGUGUCCUUGAGAAAUUGGGUUGUGAUUUCGCCAAACACUUCUGAAGCUGAUCGUCUGUCGAGCCUCUUCAUAGAAGAGGUCAAACAAGUCGGACAUGUGAUGAGAAUUGACGUGAAUUAUCCAAUGAUACAAAUUUGCAAAGAUGCAUCUCAAUCGUCGUACCAUGAAGCCGUAAAAAUGGCCAUUGAAAGGGUAAGUUUCAUAGUACACACUUGUAGUACUAAAAAUAGCCUAGUUUCCGCGCCCAAGUGCCGACUACGGCUGUGCCGUACCGAUGAAUUUCUAGGUAAUGUUGCUCACCUGAGCUCACUCCACAGUAUUGUGAGAGUUCAGUUGUUGAUGCGCAUCUGA